AUGCCGACAAAUUCAGUUGAAAAAGAUGCCCUGCCUGUCGGUAGAGUGACUGAGCUCACAGAGGCUGUCGAGAGUGUGCUAGAGCACGUAGCCCCCUUUCUUCGCGCUUCCGAGGAUGACUACGAUGCUCUUGAAUCAGAGAGACAUCUAUCGCACGGAUGCUAUUCGACCGGCAAUAUCUUGGAGUCCUACCUAAGCCAUCCAGAUCAGCUUCGCAGGCGUCUAUUGUUGGAUCUUCCGCCCACGGGACAAGGCCUGGAGGCCAUAGCAUCCUCAUCUUCAACCCUUCUGCGAUACUCGGUCAAUACGUCGUCUCCGGGGUUUAUGGACAAACUAUGGUCGUCGCCGUCCGUUCCCGGAAUUGCUGCAGAUUUACUCCUGUCCGCAUUGAAUGGCAACGAUCAUGUCUUUCGAGUCUCGCCAGCUCUAACUCUAAUAGAGAAACAUGUUGGGGAAGAGCUGGCCCAUCUCUUUGGCCUCAGCGAUUCAGAAUCAGGAGGCGUUACUGUCCCAGGCGGAGCAGCAGCAAAUAGUACCGCCCUGCUGAUCGCACGGAAUGUACGUUUUCCACAUCUAAAAGAGGUCGGUCUGCAUGGCAUAUCGUCACCACGUCUAGUGAUAUUGGCAUCUGAAGCAGCGCACUUUUCAAUAUUCAAUGCAGCCCAAGUUCUAGGUCUCGGGUCACAUUCCGUCAGGAAGAUUCCCACAACUACGGACGGUUCCAUGGAUCCCAGGGCUCUUAAACAUUCUCUCGAUGCCACAAUAACUGCGGGAGAGGUCCCACUGUUUAUAUGCGGAACAGCAGGAACAACUGUUCGAGGGGCCUAUGACCCCUUAGAGAGCAUUGGCAAGCUGGCCCAUGAAUAUAAUGCCUGGUUCCACGUGGAUGCAUGCUGGGGUGGUGCCGCUGCAUUUUCCGAUAAGCUCAAGUACAAGCUGGCUGGCUGUGAAUUCGCGGAUAGCAUCGCAUACAAUCCACAUAAGCUGCUGGGUGUGCCACAGAUCUGCUCCUUUCUUCUCGGAAAGGACCUCCGUACGUUCUGGUAUGCGAACAGUCUGACUGCUGGGUAUUUGUUUCAUCAAGAUGACAGCAUACCCCCCUCUGAUUUGUGCCCCUCGCCUACUACGGCCGCAUCUAUGGGGAAGUUGUCCAAUAACCAUGUGGAGAAGCCCUUUUAUCUCAAUAGCGUUCGCUACAAUUGGCGUACAUCCAGAGCGAUUCAGAAUGCACCGGAUCCUCGAGAAGUGUACGACCUGGCAUCUUUCACUCCCCAAUGCGGUCGCCGGCCAGACGCCAUCAAGUUAUACUGUCACUGGCGAUACUAUGGCACAGAAGGCAUCGCAAAACAAGUCGAAGGGGCCUAUGAUGGGGCCAGAUACCUUGCUCGGUUGAUCGAAGAGGAACCUUCACUCCACCUUGUAGGAGACGUGGAUGUCCCAUGUACCCAAGUGUGCUUCUACUAUGUAGGCGCAUCACUGAAACUUACGGUUUCUGCUCCAGACAUGGCCACGCAGAAUACGCAUUUCACGCGUCUCAUCUCCACGGGGCUUAUGAAGCGGGGGUGGAUGGUGGAUUAUGCACCUGGCUCGGGGAGACAGGAAGAGCUGGGAGAUUUCUUACGGGUCGCUUGCAAUCGCAUGACGACCCCUUGCGUCGCGGAAGGCUUGGUCCAGGCUAUCUCGGAGGUAGUCAACUCGGACAUAGAGACCAUCACACCCCCACACAAAUGA